AAGGAUAAGCAGCUAGAUCAAUGCACCAAGGGCAGCUUAGUUACCAGACAAUUUCAAAUGGAAUCAACAGUCCCUUCAACCACUUCUCUAAACAACACCAUUAAUCCUAACAAGACUAACAUAACUGAAGCUCUGUGUGAAUUUAAAGAGGUUUGGGUCUCAACCCACCCUGCUUUCAUAUUUGCAUACUCAUUGGUGUUUCUUAUCAGUCUGGUGCUGAACUGCAUCACGAUGAAAGUUUAUUUCUGCACCAAACAGCGUGUCCAGUCCAGUGUCACCAUCUACCUGAAGAACCUAGCUGCGGCUGACUUCUUCCUUUGCCUUUCCUUACCUUUGCGGAUUGCUAACAAUGUGACCUUUUCAAUGACACUGCGGAUCAUAUACUGCAGCUUUGGAGCAACGGCCUUCUAUUUAAACAUGUAUGCAAGUAUUCUCUUCAUGGACUUUAUUGCUGCAAACAGGUACCUCAAAAUUGUCAGGCCAUUGGAAACAAAUGCCCUUCAGACGGUUCGUACUGCCCACCUGAUAUCCAUAGCAACAUGGUCCUCCUUGGUCCUCAUCGGGUCCAUCUACUUGAUCCCAUUCCUUCAGAUUUCAUGGGAUCACAAUAAAAGCUCUGAAGAUAUUAGUUGUGAGUCUCUACUUAGUUCUCAGCAUAGCUUGGCCUACAAAAUCAUCCAUUGUGCGUCCAUUGUGCUCUUCAUGUUUGUGCUGUUUUCUCUGGUUUUUCUGUACUGGAAAACUUUGCAAAAGAUCAGAAAAGCUCAAUUCUCUGCACAGGCCAUAUCAAACAGCAAAACCUUUAACAAGUCUAAGCGUAACAUGCUUAUUGUAGUGGUGAUUUUCUGUGUGUGUUUUGUGCCCUAUCAUCUGGUGAGGCUGCCUUACGUUUUCAUCAGCGACUGUACAAUGGUUCAGGCAUUUAGCAUCCUAAAGGAGCUGACUGUUCUGCUUUCAGUGCUAAAUGUCUGUUUUGAUCCACUUAUAUACUUUAUCUUCUGCAAGACCUUCAGAGCCCAGCUUGGCUUUGGAAAGAAGAAAUCAUUGCCAAGGGCUGUCAGUUUGACACCUUAAUUCAGUGCUAUUUAUCACAAAAAAAGUUAAAUCUUUGUCAUGUUAUCAUUCUCGCUUAGUUGUACAUAAAGUUCUGUCCUGACCAGAAGGAAAGUGUAUGUGUUAUACGAAUCAAGUGUUUAUUAACUAAAUAUUAUUUACCUGAACCUCAUCGC